AUGCGGUUAAAACAGAUACUCGUGUACUUGGCACUUGUAGUACUUCUUUGUACUUUGUCAUCUUGGGCUGCUGACGAUGUUGAAGUCGAAGAUGAAGAAGAUUUGGACAGCGACAGCGAAAGCGAACCAGAAGAUCAAGAAAGUAUCAAAAUUAUUGUAUAAAUGAAGAAUCGCUUCGUAAACGUAAUUGUCUACCUACGUUUUUACAGGGCAAGGAGAAAAAGAAGGCACCUGAAACUGAACCAUACAAACCGCCGGUUAUCAGUCUUGAAAAUGAAGACUCCGUAUUUUUUUCCGAACCUUUUGCAAUCCGUGGCGAAUUUCAGAACAGGUAAGCAACAUUAUUUUCAGAUUGCGUGUGUUAGAUUCAUUCUCUGUUGGAUGUUUGCGGGCCUUUGUUGCAGUUUGCAUUAAGCGAUCGCCAGCGUGUAAACGCAUGACAGGCUGGCUUGCAAAAGGAAGUUUGCACGAGGUCUUGAUGUUUAUACAGUCAAGUAGUUUUUGUUUCAAAAACUUCUCCCAGAAAAUAUCCCUCACCUCCUUAGUUGCUUUCUGUACACCUUUGUAUUGAAAAAAAAGGUAGCAUCUAGGAUAUUUCUCUUUAGAGUGGCUCGACAAGGUUUUUGAUGCGCUAUGUAUUAUGUUUUUUGUCAACUCAUCACGCCUAAAUUUUUUGUCUCGUAUUUAUUUCCUUAUUUGAUAAGCAGCACAUGUCUUGACUCUGAUAACUUGAAAGUUCCGAAUCAUUUUGUUAGGGAAUCUGUAGAUAGCAAGUACAGAGAUAGCUAUGUCGUGAAUCCAGCCCAACAGGUGCAAGAACCCUCUGACAUUUGCUAUGGUUUUAAAGCGUACACAAUCGGUUUCACUAUUGUAGAAUAAGGGAGUGUUCCUCAAAACAAAAACACACGUAUAAUCAGAAAGCUUAUCUAAAUUGCAGUAAGAGAGGAAGAAAAAAAUUUUAGAUUUUCCUUAACAAAAAAGUGUGUUGUUGAUAAAGUUUAUUAUCACUUUGCAGAAUUUUUUUGUAGCAGAUGUAUCUACAAAUAUUUAUAUUGGUGUGGCAAUUACCAAUGAGAUCCAUGCAACUCAAUGUGUUUCUCAAACAAAUAAUAAAAGCUGUUUUUGUAGGCAACAGGUUGCAAUGUUUGGGCUACUGCUGAGAAUCAGGAGUGAAAUUUUCUCGACAAAAAUUGUUGUAGUUUCUCGAAGCUACCAAGGCAUGCUUUAAAACCUCUACACAAAGUACACUAUUAGCUUGCAUACCCCACCUUCCUUUCUACAAAAACCAAGUUUCCUUUAUACUUGUCAUAGGCAAAAUACCAGUGUCUUAAUUCAGUAUAAAUAUCUUAAGGACUCGUUGUUAAACUAGCUGUAUUCAUAUUCCUUUUGAACCUUUAACAACUCAGCAUUAGUGUUUAUAUUCUCCACACCAUCCCUCUAUAUUUCCUUUAGUAAUAGCAUGGAGAAUUUGUUUGAUGAUCAGGAGCUUCUUGAAUUUGUGAUCAUUUGCCACAUUCUUAUAACCUUUAUGUUCAACUCAAGGGUGAUACUGUAAGGAGAGAUUAGAAGUCAGGUCUCUAAGGGUUUAAGUGUAUCACACUGGCUGUACAUUGUAAAGAGUAUGAAUGUAGAAAAAAAAAUUGACAACUACUGCAGUUGUACUGUAAAAGUUGAAUGUUAUCAACUCUGUAUCUUAACAAGUGUGUUUUUGAUUUAUUGAUAAUGUCACCCUCCUUGAGAGAUGGAGGCCCCUUUAAAAAGCAAUCAGAAAAAAUUUAAAGUACCAUUUGUAACUUGAAUAAUUAUACCUUUAAAGGUUUCUGUAGACUAACCAGUUAUGGUAACAAAGUAAAAAAAACAUAUAUGGAGUCUUGACUUUGUUGAAUAGUACAGGAUGUAUAAAUUACAAAUGAGUUGAGGGUAGUUUGUGUGAUUUGGUAGUUAAUUGUCAAAAUUAUUUUCUUAUUUCUUUGUCCAAGACUGGCAAAGUACUUAGGACAACCCAAGAAAGCUUAAGUUGCUAGCGUGCCAUGAUAGUAACAAUUAUGCUCAAUUUUUUAUAGUCUCCAGCAAAUGCUACUUUUUCUCGUAGUAGUUCCUUUAAUUUUGUCAUAACCCUGUGUAAGCUCUAGCAAUGAAAAAUGCUAACUGAAUUGAGCAUACACGGUUUUAAUAGUUCUUGAGCUUUAUUAAUGUUUUGCUACCUUAUCAUUAAAAGAUGUAUUUUAUCUUUGAAACUACAGAUGGUUGAAAUCUCAAGCCAAGAAAGAUGGAGUUGAUGUUGAAAUUGCCAAAUAUGAUGGUAAGUUGAAUUUAUUUUUAUGGUAAACUAAAGAAUUUGAAAUACUGACUACUGGAAAAUCUGCAUGACCCUUUGACUAUGAGAGCGACUUGCUCUAAUUUUUCCAUGUGAUGUAUAUACCCUGAAUCGCACACGAAGGUCAUGAUAGUAAAGGAAAUGAUCACUAACUAAAGUAGGUCUUGAUUGUUCAACAAUCCUCCCUGUCAGGACCUUAGGAAAUGUAUAGAGAAAAGUAUGGAGAUUAAGAACACAGAUGCAAGGGGACAAAGGUUUAGUUGAAGGGAAAGAAAAAUCAUUGUUUCAAUGUCAGUAAUAUCUCCAAGGUAACACUUAGUUUUAAGAACACUUCAUUGUCUAGGGUUGCUUUGUCUAUCAAGUGAUCUCUCCAAGAGACCCACCACCAGAGAAAAAAUGUUUUCCAUGAAUUGUAUAUUUAGUCAUUUUAUUGGGAAUGGUUAGUAAACCCAAAACAGGACAGGUUAUUGCUAAUUAAAUGUCCCCAUGAUAUCUUUAGAAGGUGUUUUUGAAGCUGUUUGAAACAAACAAGAGCCCUUCUCUUCUUCCCAUGAUGCGAUUCCCAGAAAACAGUUAAAUGGCAAAUAUUUCUUUAGUAGAUUUUAUAUCUUUUCUCACUUUUUUUGUAUUGUUUUAACUAUUAUUUUUUUGUGCCAUUAAUUAACAAUUGGUUCAUAUGUCAGCGUGCGUUCAUGGAGAUAUGAAGCACGCGGGAAGUUUGGAGAGCACGAAAGAUGUGUAAGAGUUGCUCGAGGUGUAGCCAAGAGCAACUCUAGCUUCUUGAGUGCUCUCCAAACUUCCCAAGUGCUUCAUAUCUCGAUAUAUGCACAGCUGACGUAUGAACCAAUUGUUUUAUAACAUUUUCAACCCGAUGGAAAAUUUUUUUUCUCAAGGGAUUUGUUUGCUGAUGUCAUGAGCAUGCACAAUAGGAAUAUGAAGCACACUCGCACCAUUGAAUUUGAUUAGACAAAUUUACUAGCUAUGUUAUAAAACUUAUUGAUGUUUCCAGCUAUUUAUUAAGAAUAUGAGAUGUGCUCCAUGUGUUUUUGUGAUCUGCAAAUUCUUUUUUGUGCCAUUUAACUGUAGCAGACUUUAAAUUGUUACUAUUUUUCACUUGCACAACAGGUGAAUGGUCAUUUGAGGAGCCUUCCACCAAGUUAUUCAGUGGGGAUCUUGGACUUGUUCUUAAGGUGCUUUUCUUUUUGGCAUAAAAUUAGAAGUAUCUCUCAGUUUCCUGCAUUUAUGCAUUCAUACCAGAUAUUCAAAGUGGGAAAAGUUCUAAGGUCAUGACAAUUGACUUUCAAAUUUGACUGAGAUAUACAGAUAUUUAAUGUAUGAUAAUCUGAUUCCUUCAUGCUGUUUGAUUGAUUCUUGCUUAUGAUCUAUGGGAAGACAGAUGCAUAAAUGAUGCCAUUAUUGACAGCAUUUUGCUUCUUUAACCCUUUAACUCCCAAGAUUUCAUUAGUAAUUCUCCUUACUGUCUGCCAUACAAUUUAAGUGAUGUUAGUUUGGGGAAUUUGGAAUUGGAUCAACCAAUAAUCCCCUAAUUGAUAUUAUUUAUUCUCAUUACUUGUCUACUUGAUAUUGUACUGACAGUGUAAGGAGAAAUUCUGCCUAGGUCACCAGUAGGACUCAAAGGGUUAACAUAUAAAACAAAUAGAUUCUAUGUUGUGGUAAGUCUGCACUGUAAUAGAUCACAGAAGAUGUCUAAAUGUGGUUUGAACAUCAGUAACACACUCCGCUGCACUUUGUGUGCCAUUCUGUUGUUCUGACCAAAUUUUGGCAUUUGUAGUACAUGGAAUCUAUUUGUCAAUGUUCUAAUUAUGGAUAGAUCUGGAAAUGAUUUAGGGUCACUGCUGGUCAAAUCUGUUCCAAAUUGUUACAUCCUUUGAACUUUACAGCCAUUAGAUCUCUCACUAUCUUUUUUUUUCCACUUUUUUUUCAGUCAAAGGCACGACACCAUGCUAUUUCAGCCUUGCUGAGUAAGCCUUUUGAUUUUAAAGACAAGCCAUUUGUGGUCCAGUAAGUAUAUGGGAAAAUAUUGUGUCUUUUCCUGGUUGUCACCUAUUAUUGACAGCUUUGAAUCAGUUUCUGCUCAAAACUGUUGCUUUUAAAAUCAGAAAACCACAAGCAUCUGAAAUAUAAGUGGGAUAUAUUUGGUAAGAUCCAACUGCAAACUGACAAGGGGAGCUGCUUACAGUUGAAUUUUCUCAUCCUCAAUUAGUUUGUUUUUCUUGAUACAAUAACAAUCCCAAAUGUUUUUUCGUGGUUGUCCAAGUUUCACUGUAAUACAGGAAACAAGGACACUUAUUUGAAAGUAUGUAAAACUAUGUAUGUGUACAACAUGUAAAACAUGCAAAUCCAAGCUAUUAUCCUUAACCCUUUAACUCCCAAGGUCUUAUUAGUAAUUCUCCUUACUAUCUGCCAAACAAUUCUUAUUAUGUUAGUUUGGAGAAUUUGGUAUUGAAUCAAUUAGUUAUCUCAUAAUUGAUAUUUUUCGUUAUUCUCAUCACUUCUCUGCAUGAUAUUGUAUAGAUAUAGUAAGGAAAAUUCUCUCUAGGUCCCUCAUGGGAGUUAAAGGGUUAACCAUAUCAAGAAGAAAAGUGAAGAGAAUAAAUAAAAAUCAAGUCAGGAGAUUAUCAGUUGAUCCAAUAGCUAAUUCUCCUAACUAAACUCAUAAGAAUUGUAUGGUUAACAAUGAUGAGAACUAACAAGGAGAUCUUGGUAGUGAAAGGGUUAAAACAUAUGAUCCCUAGUAUAUAAUUAUUGAUUUUGAUUGACUUGGCUAUGCUUAAUAUUUUCCAUCAAGGUAUGAGGUGAAAUUUCAGCAGGCGAUGGAAUGUGGUGGUGCUUAUGUCAAACUUCUUUCUCAACAAGACUCUUUUGACCUGGUAAGGACACAGAUAGCUACAUCUGCUCAGAUUAUGAGAAACAUCCAUCACUGUCUUACUUAGGCAACUUUCCAUUUAGGACUACACAAUCAGACUGAAUGAUGUACUGUUUACUCCUUGGUUCAAGCAUUAAGUUCAAGCAGAACUGUUGAAUUUAUUUAUUUCCAAUUUUCACCUGCAUUUAAAAUGGAAACUGCUGUGUGUUAUGCCCUGUAAAGUGGGGGUGUUGUGUGGUUAUGAAGUGGUAUGAUUAUGUAUUUCAUCAAAAUCAAAAUUGAUUUCAAGAAAGUUUGUGCACAAGCAAUGUUUUUCUUACUAAUAUCUUGCACAGUAAGUGAUGUACUCCUUUUUUUUGUUUUGUUUUUUCCUAGAAAACUUUCCAUGAUAAAAGUCCAUACACCAUUAUGUUUGGACCUGAUAAAUGCGGUGAAGACAAGAAGGUAUAAUUUAACAUAUUAUUGAACUUGUGAAUGAAUACUUGCAAACCAAGCUUUUAUCAAUUUAUGUUACCUGCCCUGAUACUGGCAAAAAAGACCUGCAUUGCUUACAAAGGGGAUUGAAGGAACUUUGUUAACAUCUAUUGUUAUGCUAUGAAAUAAAAUAAAUCAGGGCCAGUGAUUGACUGGGUCAUGAAAAGUGAGUUUUCCUCUUCUCCCAUGGUUUAAACACUUAAUGCUUUUUGACAUUCUUGUUCCUUGCUAUAUGCAGGAUGCCUGUUACAUAUGGCCCCAGUGACGAGAUGAAUAAAAAAAAUGUCUGUCUCUACUAAUUUAUUUCUAUGUUCAAAGUUUACCAUUCCUUCCAUCUUAUGUUAUCUAUGCACAUGACCCUGUGGACAUUACUGACCCUAGCAGUAUGCAGGACACUUGUCACAUGUGAACUGCUUAACCACCUUCCUCACCAUAGAGUCCCUAUAGCUCAUUGGUAGAGUCAUGCAGCAUGGAAAUUAAAGGUCUGAGGUGCAGUUGCUCAUGGGGACGCUUCUGACAAGACAAUAAAAACAUCUUCCUCAUUUUCUUUUUUUUACUUUACCUGCUUUCAGCUACACUUCAUCUUUAGACAUAAGAAUCCAAAGACUGGUGAAUACGAAGAGAAACAUGCAAAGAAACCUACUGGAAACUUCCAGAAUGUUUUUGAUGGCAAAAAGACACACUUAUUCACCUUGGUAGUGAGACCUGACAAUUCAUUUGAAGUAUUUGUGGACCAAACAAGUGUGAAUUCAGGCAACUUGUUGGAAGAUGUCACUCCCGCAGUCAACCCCCCAAAGGAGAUUGAUGAUCCUAACGACAAAAAACCAGAUGACUGGGAUGAGAGAGAAAAGAUUCCAGAUCCUGAUGCUGAGAAGCCUGACGAUUGGGAUGAAGAUGCUCCCACUAAAAUUCCUGAUCCUGAUGCAAAGGUUUGAUUAGUUGUUCCAUUUUUUGAUACUGAGAAGACACUUUUUCCACAACUCUUUGCUGACAAGAACUUACUGUUAACCCUUUAACUCCCAGAAGUGAUUAACAUGAAACUUCUCCCUGUGAUAUCUAUACAUUAUGCAGCACACAGGUAAUGAGAAUACUCCAACUUAUCAGGUACACAUGUAGAAGUUAUCUUGAUUCAACUUCAAAUUUCUGCAACUAAAUUAAAAGGAAAUGUUUAGCAGCUGGAGGGGAGAAUUAACAAGUCUUCUGAUUUGGUGAUUUGAUCUGAUUUGAACUUUAAUAUAUUUUGGUAAAGCUGUUAUUCUUUGACAUGAUGGGGAUCCUGUUCAUGAUAUUUUGGGUUAAAACAUGCUGGAGCCUUAGGUCAUGGAUCAGUGAAAAAAAAAACUAUCUCUGGUCAUGUAGCUGAGAUGAAAGUUGUUCCAAGCAUCUAUUUCUUGAUUUAGAAACCUGAUGAUUGGCUGGAUGAUGAGCCAGAGUAUGUUGCUGAUCCAAACAGUGUUAAACCUGAUGACUGGGACGAAGAGGAGGAUGGUGAAUGGGAGGCACCCCAGAUUGGUGAGACUUGUUGUUUCAGUGGAAUGAGUCUUCCUCUAUUUGUGAAAUGAGGUUGUCUGUUUUCUUGGACUGUAGUAAAUUUCCUCAAUUUCCAGAUCAGAUCUGGGAUCCAUAGCCUAUCAAUACAAACUGUCUGGUAACAGUAGAAUUUAAAUAAGAUCUUUUCUUUUUUGAUGUUGUUGUUGUUGAUUUCAGCCAACCCCAAAUGUGAGAAGAGUGGAUGUGGAGAGUGGAAGGCCCCUUUCAUAGAUAAUCCUGCUUACAAGGGGAAAUGGUCCCCGCCACUGGUUGAUAAUCCUGACUACAAAGUAAGUAAUGUGUGGAUCAACACCUAGGUUCUCAUAAGUUUAUCAAUAUGGGUGGAGGAGAUGGGUUGUGAGAGUUCAACAAAUGAUACUAGGUAAAAUGGUUGAGCUCAAAUACAAUGAUUUUGUUUCUCAAGCAUCAUGGUUUUGACAAUGGUUUGUACAUGUGUACAUUUUGUAGGGUAUUUGGAAGCCAAGGAAAAUUGAUAAUCCAGAUUACUUUGAAGAUAAGGAACCUUUCAAGAUGACUUCCAUUGUAAGUAAAAUCAGCUAUUUUUAAUUUAAAAUUCAAUGAUUGUAACUUGAAACCAAAACUUAGUUUACUUUGUUGACAAAAGUCGUUUUAGAUCUGAUUUCUUCAGUGGGCUGAUUACCUUCUUUAGACAGUUACAGAGACAAUUUUAUCAAUUUUAUCAAUUUUAUCAAUUUUUCAUGUAUUUUGAUAAUUGCACCACAAAUACAAUCAAAUUAUCAAUGGCAUUUGGUUUUGGCAUUCCUUGGGGGUGAUCAUUCAUUACAUUUUCUUGCAGUUGUGGUCUAUUCAGCAGGCAGGUUAUGACUGCUUUAUUGAACUUAAAAUUCUCACAAAUAGCCCACAAUGAAAUAGAGGGGCAUGAGAUAAAAGAAUUUGUCAUCUGACCUUAGGGGAGAAAGUAAGAGUAACCAGCAUCUAAUUUGCCCAUAACAUUUAUUACUGCUGAUUCAUUCAUUAAGAUUAUGACAAUAAUGGAAAUGAUUGUCAACCUAAGAAUCUCUGAUUGUUAAAUGAAUUCUCCUUUUUGUUACCAAAGGAAGUGUGUAGAGAAAAGUAUGGAGAAUUUGUAUACUGAUGUUAGAGUGUUAAGGUUUAAUACAACUUGUCAGAUGAACCAGUAACUAAUGGUUUUAAUUUUUUUUCCUCUCCCUCAGGCAGCUGUUGGUCUGGAACUCUGGUCGAUGACUCCAGAUAUACUUUUCGACAACUUCAUUAUCACCAAUGACAAGUCCGUUGCUGAUAAGUGGGCUUCUGACAGGUAUGGGGAAUCUUAAAUUUGCUAACUCAGAGAUUCCUCCCUAGGAUGUUGUUAUGUUGUGUUGUACAGGGAGGGUAACUUAUUUUGUGUGUUUGUUUUGGCAUGUUUUUGUGCAUGUGUCUUUGAUCAAAACCUGAUUUAGGAUUUUCUUCUUUUUUGUACUGAAGAAUUUAUUUUCUGUUUUAGCUGGGUGAAGAAAAAUGUGAAAGAAACCUAUGGAGGAGAUGAAGAGGUAAAUCUUAUGUUCCUUACUUUUUUGCCAAACAAUUGAUCUCAUUUCAUGAUAUGCUGUACAAUCUUGUGCUAUCAGUUGUUCUCAUCCAGGAAAAAAUAGUCUUAAAUGACUGAUGACUGUGAAUAUAUGAAAAUCAUAUAUGUGAACUGCAGAUAAAUAAAUGUAUAUGAUGAUCUUUGCAGUAAUGAACACUACUGCAGCAUAAAUUUUUAAGAAUGUGUCUCAACAGUAUUAUUAGAGAUUAACCACAGUUGUAUUGUUGAGUCAAUGAAGCACAAAAGGCAACUUUAAACCAUGACAAAGUCAAAACAGAUGCCAAUAGAUGGGCAGACAUGCAUCAGAAAGGCAGACAGACAGAUAAACAGACAAACCAUCCAAUAGAGCAACUGACUGACUGCCUGACAGAUCAGCAGACCAACAGACAGACAGACAGACUGUAGGGUAGAUAGAUUACAUAGAAUCCUUGACAGAUUGUCAAACAAGUGGUUGACUGACAGACAUAGUGAAAUACAAGAUUUGAAGUUGAUUUCUAGGAAAACUUGUUCUGCCUGUGACAAGUAAAGUUUGCUAAAAUGCCGUUCUUUGUAGUGAACUCUUUCCUUUCUUCUUCUAAGGGUGGAGUUGUGAAUAACUUACUGGAGGCGACAAAUGAACGGCCAUGGCUUUGGGUGCUCUUUGUCAUUGUUGUUAUCUUGCCAUUUGUCCUUAUUGCGGCCUGCUGUUUCCCUGGAAGUAAGGUAUGUCCAAGGAAAAUAAGGUAUUUAGAGUGAAACUGUUAGUAGGUACUUAACUCUACUGGGAAUAAAAAAAUGGCUCUUAUUGCAAGAGUCAAAAUAAUCAUUUACUUCAAGAGAUUUACUUCAGAUUCUGGCAACUAGAACUGUCUCAAAUUUUUUUAAAAAACCUUUUAAAGCCUACGAGAGAUCAAUGUCUAAUUUCUCCUUACAGUGAUAUUAUCUGAAUUACUAGAUCAUGAGAGCAAAGGAAAUGAUUGUAGGCCUAAGAAGCCUGAAAUGCUAAACAAAUUCCCCUUGUCAGUACCAAACAAAAUUUAGAGACUGAGGAAAUUAUGGGGAGUGUGGAUAUUGCUGUUGGGGUGUAAAGGGCGAUGGAAUUUGUUCUGGGAAGUUUUUGUGUUAUUCAAGUAGUAAUUGACUGAUGUUGGUUUCAGAGUGAUGCUGCUAAAAAGAAGAAGACAGAUGAACCAACUGAAGAUGUUCCAGCUGAUGAAAAUGAGGAGGUGUGUUCAUCAAUUUCCUUCUGGCAAACACUUCUCAGCCUGAUGCACAUUUUGCCGCGAUAUGUGUUGUAAAUCACUAACAUGGUUUGUUAUAACAUUCAAUGUACACAGGCAGAGACAAAAGGCGAUGAUGAAGAGGAAACAGCAGCAGGUGAUGAGGAGGUGAGGUUUAAUAUUUAUUUUGCCCUUGUUAUUCACUCUCUAGAUUUAAAUAUUAAUUCUCUGCAUUGUCAGCUAGACAUUUCAUGUAAAGACAGCUCCAAGAAUUUGGAUUUUAGUCAAACAUUAUGUCUCCCAAUUGACAUUUUCCUCUCUUCUCAAACCCAUUCUUCUUGGAAUUGUGUUGAUAUGGUAAGGCAAAAUUUGUCUUUGGUUACACUGUCUUGGAGCUUAAGAGUUAAUUACAAUUAUAAUAUGCUGAAACAGCUAAAAGCAAAAUUAAACUGUGUAUUUUAACCAUCUUCAUAUGUUUUCUUCUUUCAGGCUGACGAGAAAAAUGAAGAAGAAGAAGAAGAAGAAAAGAAGGUGAGUAAAAAUGAAAGUUUUCCCCCAAUAAUGUCUUCUUUAAUUCCCUGACAAAGGAAUUGGAAGUGAACCUCCUGCUGAAUUUUAAGAGAACUAAAUAUAUGCAAUGCUGUGUCUUGGAAUGUCUCCAACAUGUUUUGGGUUGAAAAAUGAAUUAAAUUUGGCUUUUUGAUCCUCCAGGAGGCAGAGGGAAAUGAGGAAGAAGAGCCAGCUGGCAAGGAUGAGGUUGAUGAAGAGGAAACUGAAAGGUUAGAAAUUGAAAAAAAAGUACUUUUUUUAGUGAAAGCUCUUUGUUAG